UGGCUCCGCCCUCUUUCCCUCCCUGCCUCCCUCCCUCCUUCCUCACACUCGGCUGUCCUGUUCCCGGUUUCUCGCGGCCUUUCCCCGCCGGCGCGGCCUUCCCUGACGCGGACUCAGCAUGGCGAACGUGGCCGACACCAAGCUCUACGACAUCCUCGGGGUGCCGCCGGGGGCCUCCGACAACGAGCUCAAGAAGGCAUACCGAAAGCUUGCCAAGGAGUACCACCCUGAUAAGAAUCCAAACGCAGGUGACAAGUUCAAAGAAAUAAGCUUUGCCUAUGAAGUUCUCUCAAAUCCAGAGAAGCGUGAAUUAUAUGACCGGUAUGGGGAGCAAGGCCUCCGGGAAGGUAGCGGCGGAGGCGGAGGAAUGGACGAUAUUUUCUCCCACAUAUUUGGUGGGGGGCUCUUCGGUUUCAUGGGUAGUCAGAGCAGAAGUCGCAACGGCAGAAGGAGAGGCGAAGACAUGAUGCAUCCGCUCAAAGUUUCAUUAGAAGAUCUAUAUAAUGGAAAGACCACCAAACUACAACUUAGCAAGAAUGUCCUUUGUAGCUCGUGUAAUGGUCAAGGGGGUAAAUCUGGAGCAGUUCAGAAGUGUACGGCUUGCCGAGGCAGAGGUGUACGCAUCAUGAUCAGACAGCUGGCUCCCGGAAUGGUUCAGCAGAUGCAGUCGGUGUGUUCUGACUGCAAUGGAGAAGGGGAAGUAAUUAACGAAAAAGACCGUUGUAAAAAAUGCGAAGGGAAGAAGGUGAUAAAAGAAGUGAAGAUCCUUGAAGUCCACGUAGACAAAGGCAUGAAGCACGGUCAGAGGAUCACCUUUACCGGAGAAGCGGAUCAGGCCCCAGGAGUAGAGCCAGGAGACAUCGUUCUGCUGCUCCAAGAAAAGGAGCACGAGGUGUUCCAGAGAGAUGGGAACGACUUGCACAUGACACACAAGAUAGGACUCGUUGAAGCACUCUGCGGCUUUCAGUUCACGUUUAAGCACCUCGACGGACGUCAGAUUGUGGUGAAAUACCCUCCAGGAAAAGUAAUUGAGCCAGGCUGUGUCCGUGUCGUUCGAGCGGAAGGCAUGCCGCAGUACCGUAAUCCCUUUGAAAAGGGGGACCUUUAUAUAAAGUUUGAUGUGCAGUUUCCUGAAAACAACUGGAUUAGCCCAGAAAAACUUACAGAACUUGAAGACCUUCUGCCUGCCAGACCAGAAGUCCCCAAUAUAAUUAGCGAUGCAGAAGAGGUAGAUCUUCAAGAAUUUGACACCACUCGUGGUUCAGGUGGCGGCCAGAGGCGUGAAGCUUACAACGAUAGCUCGGACGAGGAAAGCGGCCAUCACGGACCUGGGGUUCAGUGUGCCCAUCAGUAAACAAACAAAAAAAGUUUUGUCUGGGGCCGGGGGGGAAGUUACACAUGGAUUUUUCUCUUCAAAUUUUGCCUGACUUGUUUUCAGCAAUCCAGUUGGAUUGUAUAAAAAAAAAAUAAACAAUCCACACGAACCCAAUGGACAUCUCUUGCUGUAUGUGUAACUUUUAAAUUGUUCCAUAGUAUCUACAGAGUGUAUAAUUUAAACUAACCACGAAAGCUUACAUCUUCAUAUUUUUUUUGACUGUUCUGUAGCAGAAUAAAGGCACUUGAAAGGAUGACGGAGGCUCCUUUUCACCCGGGUUUUAAGUUCCAGUCCUUGUAUUUGUGCUUGAUUUUUACCAGUUUUUGUGUAGAUUUUAAGUUCCAUCUUUUUGAAAAGAAAUUCAAACUCUACAUUGUAAAGGUUUUUUGUGUACAACUUUGUCCCGAAGCUUGGUAUUUGGCCGCACCUGCGUAAGCUGCUACAAAUAGACUAAAGAAAUUUCAUAGCCUGUGUCUAUCACUUUAGAUGCAUGGUAAGAAAAUGGGCUUUGCACACUGGGUUAGAACUGAUGGGGAACCAUGGAAGACUACAUUAGAAGUGGUUGUAAAAGUUUUUUUACCAUCUUGUGAAAGGUUUCUGAAACUAAAUAAAAGCUGUUGGUGUAUGAUAA